AUGGCUACAGUCCUUGCUCGCGGCUUGGGAAAAGGGGGCUCGUCGGCUUCGACGACAUCGUUAAACAGCAAUAUCCCUCCCCUCGGCGCCCCGACAGAGGAGAAGAAGUCGUGGUUUCAGCGCUCGCCUUUUAUAGACCGGGAUGCCGUCGCUACACAGGCAAGCGUCUUUGACGAUCCCGUCACGGCGGAGAAGUAUCAUCCCAGACCAGACUGGGAGAACACUCAUCGCUUCGAUCCGUUGUUCAGAUGGACGUGGAGAGAAGAGUUCCGACUCGUGCGCAAGGUUGACCUCUACAUCAUGGUCUGGGCAUGCAUCAUGUUCAUGGCUCUCGAACUUGAUCGCGCGAACAUCUCGCAGGCCCUAACCGAUGAGCUCCUCCCAGACCUGGGUAUGACGACAAACGACUACAACUUGGGCAACACCGUGUUCAAGCUCAGCUUCCUCUGCGCUGAGCUUCCGUCCCAGCUUGUCUCAAAGUGGAUGGGUCCAGAUCGCUGGAUCCCUCUGCAGAUAACGCUCUGGAGCGUCGUCGCCGGCAGCCAGUUUUGGCUCUCAGGCCGAGAAUCAUUUCUCGUGACGCGUGCCCUGCUCGGCAUUCUACAGGGUGGCUUUAUCCCGGAUAUUGUCAUCUACCUCUCUUACUUUUACAAGCACGCAGAGCUUUCCAUCCGCUUGAGCUUCUUCUGGACAGCCAUGAGCAUAGCCGACAUCCUCUCCGCCAUCUUUGCCUAUGGUUUGCUGCGCAUGCGGGGUGUCGAGGGCCGCUCGGGCUGGCGGUGGCUCUUCCUCAUCGAGGGCCUCUUGACUCUCAUCAUUGGUGUCAUGUCGUGGCUGCUCAUGCCGGCAGGGCCCUGCCAGACGGCUAGCUGGUUCCGCGGCAAGAAGGGUUGGUUCACAGAGCGUGAGGAGAAAAUCAUCGUCAACCGGGUGCUGCGGGAGGAUCCCAGCAAGAGCUCGAUGCAUAACCGCGAGCCCGUCACGCCUAAGCUGCUCUGGCAAAGCUUACAGGACUACGAUCUCUGGCCACUCUAUAUUCUCGGGCUCAUCUUCCAGAUCCCUAUGACCCCUGUUCAACAGUACUUAACACUCACACUAAAAGGACUGGGCUUCAACACGUUCGAGACGAAUCUCCUGACCAUUCCCUAUACUGUCAUUCACAUAUUGACCAUGGUCGCCUUGACCUACCUGUCCGAGCGUACGGGCCAGCUCACCCUCGUCGCCUUGCUCGGUCAGCUCUGGGCCUUCCCAUUCCUCAUCUACAUGAACGUCGUUAAUACUGCAACGGCCAAUAAAUGGGUCAUCUGGACAAUUGUCACGCUCUUGCUUGGCUAUCCAAACGCCCAUCCCAUCCAAGUCGCCUGGAACUCACGCAACUCCAACGCUGUUCGGUCCCGCACCGUCUCGGCGGCCUGCUACAACAUGUUUGUCCAGGCCGGGGGCAUCAUAUCAUCCAACAUCUAUCGCAAUGACGACAAGCCGCGCUAUGUUCGUGGCAAUAGACAGCUGCUGGCUCUGCUCUGCAUGAACUUCGUGGUGUACGUCUUGGUCAAGGUGUACUACGUGUGGCGGAACAAAACACGAGAUCGCAAGUGGGAGGCAAUGACGCCGGAACAAAGGCUCGAGUAUCUCUCCACGACAACGGAUCAGGGCAACAAGCGGCUAGACUUCCGGUUUGACCAUUAG